AUGGCAAGUUCACCGACUUCCAAAAAACAAAAAAUAAUCCAAAAUAUCCGUUAUAUUGCAGUUGAUGAAGGUAUAUCAAAACUUCAUUAUUUUAAACUAUCGAAAAUCAGUGAAGAUUUGAAAAUUCACCAACAAUUUGUACAAUCACUAUUAUUAGUCGAGCAUGUGAUUGAUAAUGAUAAUUUGUGUUCUUAUUAUUCUUACAUGUGUGAUAAACAAUUACAUUCUGAAAAUUUUUUUAAUUUUGCUAAAGCAAAAGAAGUCAUAUUAACAACGAGAUCAUUUAUCAUUGAUAUUUGUAACCACUUAAAUUUUGCAGUUGCCGAUUUACCAAACGAUUAUAGUCACUUUGAUGGAUAUAAGCACAGCACGAAUUCAUCGGCUGAUGUCAUAGAAUUUGAUCGUUCAUUAAUUCUUGGUUGUGAUCCUAAUUCAUGUCGUCCAGUAGAAAUUUUAUUUUUAUGGUUAAAAAUUUUACAUGAAUUGGCACAUGCAAUCAUAUUCCAGUUUGGUCGUAUACAUUUACGAAGCGAAAAGAACCUUGAUAUAAAAUAUCAGAUGCCAAAAACAUAUUGUCUGCAAAGUGAAGCCGGCGAUGCUUUGGAGCGUAUGUUAGUUGGAUCAUCAGUUGAUGCUCCGGGCGUCACAACGAGUGGGAAAUAUUUUAUUCAAUAUUUAAUAUUAAGUGAUGGUAGACAGCCUGGAGUUAUUCACAAUUCUUGGAUAGAAGAAUUUGUGCUUAACGCUGUUAAUAUGGACAUGUUGAAAACUAUUGAAUCCAUCAAAUUACCAUCAUUUGAUUAUUUAACAAAAACUACAAAGAAAAAAUUAGAAAAAGGAAAAAGAUCUAGAAGAAAAUUAGUCUUUAGUAGUAGUAGUAGUGAUAGUGAUGACGAAGAUGUUCACUCAAAUAGGAUUAAUAAGAAAGUAAAAAAAGCUUUAACAACGAUCAGAAUAUCGAAAGCUUACAAUUGUUUUAGCAUUAGUGAUUGUGUUAAACAAAAUGAAACAACGCCACAUUAUACUACAUUUAAUUAUGAAAAUAUAUUAGGAAUAUUAAAUCGUUUAACACAUGUUCAUUCAAAAUAUUAUCCUAAACAACUUUAUGAUUUUGUAUUAAAUUUAGUUAAACAUCACCGUGAAGCACCACAAACAUUUGACAAAGUAACAACAACUCAAGGACGAACAUAUUUAGUUCCAAAAAAGUCACUGAAGAUCAAUAAUGAUAAAAUCACAAAUAUUAUUCAAAAUUAUAUUAAUUCAACAAGAUUUUCAGUUAAACAAUGUGCAUAUUCAUCAUCAACACAAUUUAGAUCAAAAGAAUAUUGUAAAAAAUUAAAAACUGAUGAUUCGUGCAUAUUAUAUGAAUCAGUUACUCGAGAAACAAAUAUUGGAUUUAUGGAAGCUAUUUUUGUUAUUGACGCACAAAUAUUUUUUUUAUUAUCAAAUGUGAAAAUAGUAAAAAGUGAUAUUAAAAAUGUCUAUGUGCGCAGCAAUCUCAACAGACAUACAAUCAUAUCACCAUUAACAAUGAUAGAAGAGCGCCCUUAG